AUGUCCUCUCAACAUCUUAUCGAGCUUUUUCGUCGACAAGUGGAGCUUCAACCCACUGCAACUGCUGUUCAAGACGAAUCUUUUACUCUUACGUACUCAGAAUUGGAACGAUGGUCAAAUAAUCUUGGUCAUGAGAUAUGCUCUCGCCUGAAGGGUACUGGAGGUUCCAGUACAAUUGCGAUCUAUAUGCCUCGUUCGGUGCUUUUGAUCGUCUCUGUUCUCGCCGUUGUCAAAAUCGGGCUCCCGUAUUUACCUCUUGACCCCUCCGCACCAUCUGCUAGGCUUACAGAUCAAGUCCUACAAUCUGACACCAAUCUUUUGCUUACUGUAUCGGACAGUCAACUGUCUCUUGGGCGCGCUGUUCCAUUUAAUAUUGUCCCAUUCAUCAACAACACAUGUAGUACAGGGCGCCCGAAAGGAGUGCUGCUUCAGCAUGCUGGUAUGACUAAUUUCGUCAAUAAUUGUCUCAUGGAGAUUCAGCCAGGAGAUCGCGUGGCUAUGGUCAAUAAUCCUUCUUUUGAUGCUUCUUCGCUCGAUAUCUGGGACACCCUUUGUCACGGUGGCACAAUCUUCGUUUUUACUGGUCAUUUGGCCGACAGUGAAGCUGUUGUGUCAUUUUUCAGAGAGAAGACGAUCAACAAAGUCUUCCUACCUACUGCAGUUUUCCAUCACGUCGUAAGCGACAUAUUCAACACUGCCUCCCUUAGCACUACACUUCGCCUGUUGAUAGUGGGUGGGGAGAGACUUGCAACUGCUGCUGUCAAAAGCUUUUUUCGCCAUGCACCUGAUACCAGACUGGUAAACAUAUAUGGUCCCACGGAAGCCACUAUUUGUACUACAACAUUUGAGCUAUCAUCCGCCACUUUUGAUUACGACGAUUCUUCCUCGACGCCUAUACCAGUCGGUCGUUGUAUUCCUAAUACUGUCAUAUAUCUUUUGGAUGAAAAUCUUCGUCCAGUGGAUCCUGGUCUUCCUGGUGAAAUUUGUAUUGGUGGUAUUGGCCUUGCCGCAGGCUACCUUGGACAAGAUCAAUCUAUAUCUGAUAAGUUUGUGAUGGUCAAUGAUCUUGAAGGAGAUGGCUCUUCGAUUCGACUAUAUCGCACUCAUGAUAUUGGCAAGUUUGUGCAAUCUGGAAGAGAAAAUCUUCUACAGUUUAUAGGUCGAAAUGACAAUCAAGUCAAAAUUCGUGGUCAGCGGCUGGAGCCAGGAGAAAUAGAGGCGGUGUUGUGCGCUGGAUCCGACAACAUAGAUCAAGCUGCCGUUGUCGUCACUGAAAGUGACCAGCUCGUAGCGUAUGUGGUCCAAAAGGACGAUGCAGAUCCCCAAAAGCCAUCUGAGCAGGCAGAGGACAGUGUAAGGUUACGAGAGAUUUUCUAUGCUGAGCAUUUUGAGAGUAUAAACCCCGCUUUGGUUGGAGCUGAUUUUACUGGUUGGGUCAGUAUGUACGACGGCGUGCCGAUUCCCCGAAUGGAGAUGCAGGACUGGCUCUCGGAUACUUUGCGAGGCAUUCAGGUCGAGCAGAAUGACUCUGUGCUUGAAAUUGGAUGUGGGACGGGAAUGAUAUUAUUCUCGCUCGAGUCACGUUGCCAGGAAUAUUAUGCCAUGGACAUGCUGGGCUCCGUGCUCGCGUACGUACAAGCACAGCUUACUGAACGCGGGUUACAGGACAAGGUUACGCUCCUGCAAGGAAAGGCCGAUGAACUUGACCAGUUACUCCCUAGCGAGAAGCGGUUCAAUUUGAUUAUUCUAAAUAGCGUUGUGCAGUACUUCCCUUCGGCGGAUUAUUUGGAGAAUGUGCUUAGGAUCUGUGCCAAUAAGCUCCACGAAGGAGGCCGUAUCUUUUUAGGUGAUAUUCGUCAUCUUGGAGUGGACAAACACCAUGACUUGGCUCGCGUGCUACACUGUGAUCCAUCUCCGGAGUUGCCAACCUCGGAAAUUCGCGACAGGCUCGCUCAUUGGCAGCUUAGGCAGCUGGAACUCAAAGUCAACCCAUCGUUCUUUUUCCAGCUUCAGGAGAAGUCAGGCAGUCGCAUCUCACACGUUGAAAUUCUACCCAAGAUGAUGUCAACUUGUAAUGAACUGAGCCAGUUCCGCUAUCAAAUUAUUCUCCAUAUCGGGAAAACGCCAAUCUUGACCAAGCCUAAGCAUUGGAUGAAGUAUACAAAUAUUUCCAAGUUGGAGGAAGCAUUAUGUGCUGAGGAAGCUGUCUUGGCAGUGAACGGCAUUCCCAAUUCUCUUGUGGCCCUCGAACAGGGAGUUCUACAACUCAUGUCCUCAUCUCAGGCACCAGCUAAAGCUUCUGAACUCAUUGCUGCUGUAACGGCCUCGGAUCAGUAUGCCAACGCCCUUUCCCCAUGCGGUCUUGCCGCGUUGUGUGCUCGCCACAACUACCAAGUGGAUGUCAGUUUCAAGUCCUUAGGUGUCGAUCAGACCAUGGCAGCUGUAUUUUCCCGGGGUUCAUCCCUUGUCAAAGGCGAUUUUAGCACCAUCCCGACUCACAGCUCACUCACUAAUUGUCCGACAAAUUCUGCUAAGGCUACUUCCCAUGAACGUGAUUUGAUCACAAGGUUGCACAAUCGUUGUCGCGAGAGGCUUCCGUCGUACAUGGUACCUCAUCGCAUCAUUAUCCAAAAAAGUUUACCUCUUACAGGAAAUGGCAAAGUUGACCGGAGGAUGCUAGCAGAACCUAGGAUGUGGAUGGAAAGCAAGACUCCUAGUUCUAUGUCGGAAUCGCAUUAUCCUGAAAACGAAACUCAAGCUCAAGUUCAGGCAUGCAUUGCUAGAGUAUUGAAAGAAGACACAGACAAAAUUCCUCUUCAAACAGACUUCGUCGCAUUAGGCCUGCAUUCAUUCCGCGCUCCGGCACUCUUGGAUGCACUCCGCGACCAGUUUUCUAUCCCAGAUUUACCCUUCAGAGUUAUAUUCCAAUGCCCGAAUAUAAAAGCUUUAAGUGGUUACUUGGAGCAGCAGAUUCAAUUACACUCGAGCACGCCUGGGGUCCCAGAUUCGUCUGGAAUAGCCUCGCGCCAAGUUCAGUAUAGCCAUGACGCUUUGCACGAAGUUUUAGAACGUCGUGGCCUGACGACAGACGACGUGGAGGACAUUUACGAAACAACGCUCGUGCAGCAAAUGCCUUUGAUGGCUCCGUCACGUCGCAGUUAUAUGAUGCACCAAGUUGUGACGGCGCACACUGACAUCAACACGUUUGUUCGUGCCGUGGAAGUGAUCAUAUCUCGACACACUAUCUUACGCUCCACUAUCUUUGACAACCUGGAGCGUCAAGUCGUCUUCCGUUAUCAACAAAAACUCCGGGACGAAAUGGUGCAUGUUUAUCCUGCUGAAGAAGCUCAAUUUCUUGAGGAUAUAAUCAAGGAUGAUGAUCGCUACGCUUUGGCUAUACCUGGCAAUUUGAUCAAGUUCGAAUUUUUCCGGACAGAUCCACCUACCUUACUUAUAAUUGCACAUCAUGCUAUUUUGGACGAAUGGAGCAAACAUUGCCUGCUUCGAGAGAUUGACCAGACGAUAUUAGGGGAAAAACUUCCCGAACCCAUUCCUUUCCGACACUAUGUGGAAUAUGUCAUUGCGAAUGGCCACAACUCCGAGGACAUUGCCUGGCAUGUAGAACGACUUCGCACUGCGGAUAUCAUUGGAUUUCCAAGCUGCGACACGAAAUCAACGUUCUCUAGUAGUUCAUGCCUUGGCCCGAAUUUUCUUCGGGUAGAGCAGUUCCCCGGCAUGGCUCAAGUUGUUCAGACAUACGGUAUCAAACCUUCUACGCUUUUCAAAAUUGCUUUUGCGUUGAUAAAGCGGAAUGAAACGAAAAUGGAUACGGUGCUCAUUCCACAGGUGGAAGCAUGCCGAAGUCUGCCAAUCAAGGGGAUCUCAGACAUGUGUGCUCCCACAUUCAGCGUUGCAAUUGAUCGUGUUGACUUCCUCCAAAAUGAUACUGUCCUCGGGUUGCUGCGUCGCACUCAAAGUAAUCAAGAGAAGAUAACCGAUAUUUCUGUGGUCGACUACGGAGCAGUGUUUUCUGCGAUCGAGAAAGAUUUAACGCCUCUUGCCACGUCUGGUUACAACUUCUUUUCUUUAGAUGGAAGACCACCAUAUAAGGCUCUGCAGCUAGGGCCAGCGGGUGCAGAGAACGAUAUAGGUGUUGAAUGGGCUACCAUAGUUGAGGGCGAACAAGUGACAGUCAAGCUCGAUCAUGACCCCGUCUUUUCUGAUCGCAUACCUGGUUAUGUUGAUCAAUUCUUUACCGCAGCUCGUUGGCUUUUGUCUAAUAUUCAAGCUCAAAGCUUUGAUGGGCUGCAACUAUAA